AUGGCCGACGCGUCAAGUUCAACAAAUGAAUCGGAACAACCUUCCACGUCGAAAAGACCUAUCGUGCCAGCAGCAUCAUUCGCAGACGUCCUCAAGGAUUUGUCGAAGGAUGAUGAUUCAACUCAGGAAGAAUCCAGAUGGGCACGCCCGACUCAGCAGCAAUCUGACGAAGCCAAACCACCUAUCACAUUCCAGAAACUAGACAUUCGCGAGAGCAAUACUGAGUCUGCUCACUCAGAAAUACAACUAUUCGGCAUCACUAAGACAGGUCACUCUAUAUUGACUCGAGUUCUUAACUUUGAGCACUAUUUCUAUUAUCCUGCGCCUGAAGGCUUUCGGCAAAAUGACUUGGAACCUCUACGCGACUACCUGAACAAAACUGUACAGGGAAAAAGUUCAGUAGUUUCGAAUAUCGAAUUGGAGGACCAAAGCAUAACUUCCGAUGGCAAACCCCUCCCAUUCCUCAAGAUAAAUCUUUCUGACCAUCGAUUUAUGUGGAAUAUUAAAGAUAAAGUCUAA